CAAUACCCGCCCCCUCGGCUUUGCGAUUGGCUGAGGGGAGGCUUUCCGGUGACCCGCUUCCGUUACUUGCUGCCCGGACUGUGGGCCGCCGGGGUUGGCGAAGGAUCCCAAGAUGGCUGGGCGAAAACUUACUCUAAAAGCCAUUGACUGGGUAGCUUUUGGGGAAAUCAUACCCCGAAACCAAAAGACCAUUGCUAACUUGCUGAAAUCCUGGAAUGAGAUCCUCACCUCCAGGUUGGCUGCUCUACCUGAGAAGCCCCCAGCUAUCGACUGGGCUUACUACAAGGCCAGCGUGGCCAAGGCUGGGCUGGUGGAUGACUUUGAGAAGAAGUUUAAUGCCCUGAAGGUCCCUGUGCCAGAGGAUAAAUACACUGCCCUGGUGGAUGCUGAAGAGAAAGAAGAUGUGAAAAGUUGUGCUGAGUUUUUGAAUCUCUCAAAGACCAGGAUUGAGGAUUAUGAGAAACAGCUGGAGAAGUUGAGGAACAUAAUUCCGUUUGAACUGAUGACCAUUGAGGACUUGAAUGAAGCCUUCCCUGAAACCAAAUUAGACAAGAAAAAGUAUCCCUAUUGGCCUCAUCAGCCAAUCGAAAAUUUAUAAAAUUGAGUCUGGGAGGAGGCUCUGGCCCUCGCAUUACAAACUGUGGACAUUAAAAAUAAGAAUGAUUAUA